AUGGAAGAGGCCAAAAUCCUCGACUCGACGCCGUCCGCCCUCAUCACCGCUUUCCACAUCCUGCACCGCUACAACAUCCUCGACGAGCGUGGCCACAUCUCGGUGCGCCACCCCACGGACCCGUCGACCUUCUUCACCAGCAACGUGCCCGCCAUCUUGGUAUUCUCCAAACGCGACCUGAAUCAAUGGCGGGUGCACGACGGCUCGCCCGUCACGGAGUCGCACCCCACAACAGGAUGCCAGAUCGUGGAGGCGGACAAAGUGCCCGAAGGCUCGGAGCAUUACCUCCACAGCUGCGUGUAUAACGCCUAUCCCGGUGUCCUGGACGUGGCGCAUUCGCACGCCAUCGAGGCCGUCGUAUUUGGCCUGUGCAAUGCCUCGGGGGAGCAUGAUGUAGCCGAGAUACCGGGAUGCUGGCUAUCUGGGCCCUUCGUCGCCCAUCUUUGA